AUGGGCCCCAACCUGCUCCUGCUGCUGUUCCUGGGACUAGCAGGCCAGGGCUCGGCCGGCAGCCUCCCUGAGGUGCUGCAGGCGCCUGUGGGGAGCUCCAUCCUGGUGCAGUGCCACUACCGACUCCAGGAUGUCAAGGCUCGAAAGGUGUGGUGCCGGUUCCUGCCUGAGGGAUGCCAGCCCUUGGUGUCGUCAGCUGUGGAACGCAGGGCCCCAGCCAGCAGCCGCGUAUUUCUCACUGACCUGGGGGGUGGCCUGCUCCAGGUGGAGAUGGUUACCCUACAGGAGGAGGAUGCCGGAGAGUACGGCUGUGUGGUAGAGGGAAUCUCAGGGCCCCAGACUGUGCACAGAAUCAGUCUGGAUGUGCUCCCUGCAGAGGAUGACGAGGAGACCCAUCAGGUCAGGAGUCUGGCUGACAUCUCCUCUUCAGAUCCUGUAGGCAGUGCCAGCCCUUUGGACCCCAGCCAAGAUAAGAAGAGCAGACCCUUGAUUUGGGGUGCUGUGCUCCUGCUGGGCCUGCUGGUGAUGGCGGUGGUGCUGUUUGCUGUGAUGGCCAAAAGGAAAGGGAACAGGCUUGCUGCCUGUGGACGAUUUCAGAGCAGUGGAGUCUCAGGCUCGGCCCCCUCCUCAGUGGUCCACCACAUCAGUGACUCUGGACUGGCUGUUGACUUGCCAUCAGAUGUACCAUAUGUUAGGCUCGACUCGCCACCUUCCUUUGACAAUAACACCUACACCAACCUUCCUCUUGAUUCCCUGUCAGGGAAACACCCACCCCCAGCCCCAUCCUGUUUGCCCCCUCUGCCUCCUAAGGCUGAGAUCUGCUCCAAGCCUGUGACAUACGCCACAGUCAUCUUCCCUGGAGGGGACAAGAGUGGAGGAGCCUCCUUCGAGCCAGCCCAGGAUCCACCUAACAGCGAGAUUCCACCCAGCUAA